AAGGGGAGAGUCCUGGGAGUCUCGCGCAUCUCAGCCUCUGCACCCCUGCUUCCUGAGGGAUCUACCUUGCUCAGGGCCCCUGCCACCAGCCUGCCUCUCCUGGGCCCAAGUACAGCACAGGCUCUCUGGGUGAAAAUCAGCCAGGGAUCCCCCAAGGCCAAGCCUAGAAUCUUCAUCCUGCACGGGGCCAGCUCCUCAGCAGUCCCCUGCCAGGCCCUUUGGGGUGCUUUCCUGGCCUGGGCAGCAUGGCGACGGCCAACCCUGGCCUGUCCAAGGGCUGGAAGUAUAUAGACUGGUUCUGACCCCUCCCAGAACCUCUGGGCAGCAAAUCCCCAUCCUAAUGGGCUGAGGUCGCCACCCCACAGCCCUGUCUCCAUGUUGUCUGUCACCACCCCUACCCCAUGCCGGCCUCCUGCCCUUCCGGCUCUGCCUGACCCUGUGCCAGUGGGCAGAGUAUUUCAACAGCCGCCUGCUGAAUGCUCUCAGUGCCAAAGCCCUGGGCAGCCCGCGUGGGUGACUCUCUGGGUAGGUGGCCCGCACCUGCACAGGUGGGCCUCAGACUCCCGGGCUGCAGCCCAGCCCUGCGCCUCUGCAGACAGGAGUGUCUCCACCUCCCCAGAACCAACCUCUUGGCCCCUCAGAGAGAUGGCAACGGAGGCCACAAGGAACUGGGCCUGGACAGCCUUGAAUCUGGCGGAGCAGAUCCUGGCGGAGUUCCAGCUGCAGGAGGAGGACCUGAAAAAGGUGAUGAGGCGGAUGCAGAAGGAGAUGGACCGAGGCCUGAGGCUGGAGACCCACGAAGAGGCCAGUGUGAAGAUGCUGCCCACCUACGUACGCUCCACCCCAGAAGGCUCAGAGGUUGGGGACUUCCUCUCCCUGGACCUGGGCGGCACCAACUUCAGGGUGAUGCUGGUGAAGGUGGGGGAAGGCGAGGAGGGGCAGUGGAGUGUGAAGACCAAGCACCAGAUGUACUCCAUCCCCGAGGACGCCAUGACCGGCACUGCUGAGAUGCUCUUUGACUACAUCUCCGAGUGCAUCUCCGACUUCCUGGACAAGCAUCAGAUGAAGCACAAAAAGCUGCCCUUGGGCUUCACCUUCUCCUUUCCCGUGAGGCACGAAGACAUCGACAAGGGCAUCCUUCUCAACUGGACCAAGGGCUUCAAGGCCUCGGGAGCAGAAGGGAACAACAUCGUGGGGCUCCUGCGAGAUGCCAUCAAACGGAGAGGGGACUUUGAGAUGGACGUGGUGGCAAUGGUGAAUGACACUGUGGCCACGAUGAUCUCCUGCUACUAUGAAGACCGCCGAUGUGAGGUUGGCAUGAUUGUGGGCACGGGCUGCAACGCCUGCUACAUGGAGGAGAUGCAGAACGUGGAGCUGGUGGAAGGGGACGAGGGCCGCAUGUGUGUCAACACUGAGUGGGGCGCCUUUGGGGACUCGGGAGAGCUGGACGAGUUCCUGCUGGAGUAUGACCGCGUGGUGGACGAGAACUCCCUGAACCCGGGCCAGCAGCUGUACGAGAAGCUCAUCGGUGGCAAGUACAUGGGCGAGCUGGUGCGACUCGUGCUGCUGAAGCUCGUGGACGAGAACCUGCUUUUCCACGGGGAGGCCUCGGAGCAGCUGCGCACGCGCGGCGCCUUCGAGACGCGCUUCGUGUCACAGGUGGAGAGCGACUCGGGCGACCGCAAGCAGAUCUACAACAUCCUGAGCACGCUGGGGCUGAGGCCCUCGGCCACCGACUGCGACAUCGUGCGCCGCGCCUGCGAGAGCGUGUCCACGCGCGCCGCGCACAUGUGCGCCGCGGGGCUGGCAGGCGUCAUCAACCGCAUGCGCGAGAGCCGCAGCGAGGACGUGAUGCGCAUCACCGUGGGCGUGGACGGCUCCGUGUACAAGCUGCACCCCAGCUUCAAGGAGCGGUUCCACGCCAGCGUGCGCAGGCUGACGCCCAGCUGCGAAAUCACCUUCAUCGAGUCGGAGGAGGGCAGCGGCCGGGGCGCGGCCUUGAUCUCCGCGGUGGCGUCUAAGAAGGCCUGCAUGCUGGGCCAGUGAAAAUAGAGGCUGCAAGGCAACGAGGAGGCUGUGGCCAGCCGCUGGACCUGGGCUUCAGGGGACACGCUCCUGACAGGUCCUCCCAACUGGGCUCAGUCAAGAGGUUUCUCCUUGUAAGGACCCUGGACGCUUCCUAUCCCCACUGUCACCCCAGAAGAUGGGGAAGACCUCUUCCAGGAAUGCGGAGAGCCCCCGGCUGGCCUCUUCUCUCAGAGUCAGUUGGCAGGACAGCCCUAGGGCCCUGACUGGGUUGGGGGCUGAGAUGAGCAGGUACGGAGCCCCCAGAGUACCUCGCCUUUCUUGCUGGAAUCAAGGACCCAGAAGGAAGUUAACUCAGGAUUUUGUUGCAUGUCUGCACUGCUUGCCUCUUGGAGCUUUCAGCCUAGCUCAGCCACCCUUAGGCCCUGGCUCUGGAAAGGGGGUGCCCUCUAGACCCCGCUAUGGCCUGGCUUCCCUGGGAACUCAGCCCACAUGAGGAGGAAACCCUUGUGAGGAAGCCCUGGGUUCCACAGGGGGCCUGGGGAAGCUGCUGAUCACCUAGGCCUGGGAAGUGGGAGGACAGAGCCGCGACCUUGCUGAAGCUGCAGCGACACUGGGCCAUGGGAGGAUGGAGCAGGUACCGUAGGGCCUGGAGAUGGCAGCCUUUUCCCUCCCACACUGCUAUUCCUGAGUGGUUCGUGCUUCUGGAAUGGACCCUCCCAGGAAGUAUAAGAGACAGAGCCCCCAGAGUCCCUGCCCAGAGGGUCUCAGGAAGAGGAGUCAUCCCUCCACCCACACACAGGCCUGGGAGCACCUCCAGAAUGGAGUCCUCAGCUCCCAUGGCGCUGGCUGGGAAGGAAACCCGGGCAGCAUUCAGCAUACCCCCGCGGGACAACCCAGGCCUCUUUCUUCUCACCAGACCUCCAUGGACCACACCAACCUCUCCAUGUCUGGGAUCGGGUGGGGUUUUUUAAUUAAAAGUUUUAAAAGCUUAGAA